GCCCGCGUUCUGUGAGCUUCUCGCACCCUCAGCCCGAGUGUGACGAGCCUGGGCUCGCAGGGGUCUAUUGCGCAAGCCCAGGGAGCUGGGCUGAAGUUAGGGGAGAAGCCUUGGCUGCGCUCCCGAGACGAUGAAGCGCGGCGUUUCGCCCGCUCCUUCCCGGAAGCGGAAGUUCGGGGGGCGGGCCGAGGGCCGCCGGGAGUCCGCGGCGGUUAAUUCUUUUCACCGUGCUUAUUUGCUUCGCUCCCUCAGGACUUUUCUGAAGCUGCGAGAGAUGGUUAGGUCGGGAUCUCGGCCGGGCCAGGUAUUAUCUUCAGGAAAGCACACUGGACCUGCUAAGUUAACAAAUAGAAAGAAAGGGACUCAUUUAAGAAAGAUAUCCCGUCUUAAUGCAGAUUCUGGCUAUCCCACUCAUUCUGAUUCAGAAAGUCAGACUGAAACAGUACAGGGGCUUGAUGGUUGUGCUUCUUUGCUACGGGACAUUUUGAGAAAUGAAGAUUCAGGUUCAGAAAUAGCAUAUUCAGAAAAUAGAUAUAACCCCAGACCUUUAGAAAGCAAAAGAUGUGGAUCUAAAAAGAAAGGACAUGAAAAACAACACGCUGUUCCUUCAGUAGUCCGGAAAGAAAUUUUAUCUUCAGAUAUUAAGAAACAGAUACGUAAUGAAGCUUCUGCUGGCAGUGAAAGAGAUGCAUCAGAUACACCACAAAAUUGGUCACUGCAAGAUCAUUAUAGAAUGUAUUCACCCAUGAUAUACCAAGCCCUCUGUGAGCAUGUGCAGACUCAAAUGUCACUGAUGAAUAACUUGCCCUCAAAGAACAAUGCUAAUGGAAUUCCUACUGUACCUUGCCACACUGUGUCUGGUUCUGAAUCUCACACAACACAUUCUAGUUGUGGCUUAUCUACCCCCACCCCAGUCCAGUUUUCUCAGCAGCCACCCUGCCCUCCAAUGGUUCAUUCUGAAGUUCAGACUGAUAGUGAUAACCAGUUUGCCUCACAAGGUAAAACAGUUUUGAUGAACUGUACCGAUGAUGUUCUAAGGAAUUCCUUCAGUACUAGCUUUGGAGUUCCAUGUAGCUCGCCCCAAAUUGACAAACCAGCUCCUCCAGCAUUCCAGCAGCUGGGUCUUGCUAAUGGGAUUCUGCCACAACAAAGAGUUCCAAAGGAAACGGACCUACUAAAGUGUUUCCAGACAUAUAUGAAACUGUUGCAUUCUCAUCCGGACAGUCAGACACAGCAAAACCCCCUGUUACAGCCAGCUUCCUUGGCUACUAAUGAAGACAAAUGCACUAAAGAACAAGGAGGAGAGGUCAGAAGUGAAGGAAAGGAUUUAAACCUACAUGUGCGAGAUUUAAGAAUAAAGGAUGUGCGGAAGGCAAAAAAUGUGAACCAGAGUGCUGAAAAAGUGAGAACUAUAAAGUACUUGUUGGGAGAGCUCAAGGCCCUGGUAGCAGAACAAGAAGACUCAGAAAUUCAGAGGUUGAUUACAGAAUUGGAGUUAUGUAUAUCUUUGCUUCCAACAUUAAGUGGAAAAACAAAUUUUCAGGUUGAAAUAGCACUGGCCAUGCAACCACUAAGAAAUGAAAAUGCUCAUUUACGCAGGCAAUUGAGAAUUUUGAACCAGCAACUUAGAGAACGAGAAAAAACUCAAAAGGCAUCUGGUUCUCUGGAAUGCAGUCUUGAAUUGUUUUCUCUUCAAUCGCUGAACAAGUCACUGCAAAAUCAAUUACAAGAGUCACUAAAAAGCCAGGAAUUACUACAGAGUAAAAAUGAAGAACUUUUAAAAGUGAUAGAAAAUCAGAAAGAUGAAAACAAAAAAUUUGCUGAUAUAUUUAAAGAGAAAGAUCAAGCUUUACUUGAAAAUAAACAGCAAUUUGACAUUGAGACAACAAGAAUGAAAAUUGAAUUAGAGGAAGCCUUGGUCAACGUGAAAAGCUCCCAGUUUAAGUUAGAAGCUGCUGAAAAGGAAAAUCAGAUAUUGGGAAUAACAUUACGUCAGCGUGACGCUGAGGUGACUCAACUGAGAGAAUUAACUAGAACUUUACAGAGCAGUAUGGCAAAGCUUCUGUCAGAUCUUAGUAUGGACAGUGCACGCUGCAAGGCUGGAAAUAAUCUUACCAAAUCACUUCUGAACAUUUAUGAAAAACAACUUCAACAUGACCCAAUCCCUGCUCACACUUCCAUAAUGAGCUACUUAAAUAAGUUAGAACCAAAUCACACUAUUAUUACAUGUCCAGAGCCACGUUCUACAAUUAACAAUGAGGAAAACAUAGUGCCAGAUAGACUGUAUGAAAAUGUUCUGCCCUCCAAAGGCCCUCAGCAUAGUAAUACUAGGAGCAUGGAGGAAAUAUCAGCCCUUGGAAUCAUUUCUGCCCUUUCAAAACAGGAUUCUGAUGAGGAGAGUGAAAUUACGACAUUAAUAGAAGAUGAGUGUAAAUUGGAUAAGACAAUUUACAUUCCAUUUGCUAGAAGCACUUAUAAAAAGAAAUCACCGCUAGCCAAGGGAUUAUCCCCCCAGCCACAGAUCAGUGUUGCUUCACCGAAGCUGGUCAGCAACUGUGGACAUGUUGCUGAAAAAGUAAAUAAAUUGUGUGCACCUGGAGUUUGUUCCUCUUCCAAAAAGGAGGAAGAUGUACCUGAGAAACUUUCCAAAACAACUGAUAUGGAGGACAAGCAGCUCCUUGAGAAAAUAAAGGAAGCCAUUUGCAAGAUCCCUGUUGCCACCGAGGAGCCAGAGGAACUGGCUGCACGUCAUGGCCCCUCCACUUGUCAGAGCAGCAUCAUUCAAGUUAAAAGUAGUGCAGUGUCUGAUUCUAGCUUUUUAAAUUCUGACUUGACCUCUGACUGGAGCAUCUCUUCUUUUUCAACGUUCACUUCUCGUGAUGAACAAGACUUUAGAAAUGGGCUUGCAGCACUGGAUGCCAACAUUGCUAGACUCCAGAAGUCCUUAAGGACUGGUCUUCUGGAGAAGUAAACCCAGAAGAAAAAUUCUUCUUAAGAAUAGAACUUGGCUACAUUGAAUGUAUAUUUUAAAUUUCUUUAGAGAAAAGUUUUAUAUUAAUUAUGUGUGAAACAAAUUGUGUGAAUAAUAAAUUUAUUAUUGGAGUAUAUUGACAACACUGUGGAGCUUAUAAAAAACAAGUCAUUUUAAGAAAUUGAUAUCUGCUAAGAGAAGAAAGUCAUAUAUAACUAGGAAAGUACUGUAAGUAUUGUAAAUAAUAUUUUAUUUAAUAUUUAGCAAUUAGAGUUUUUUCUUACUCUGCUGGGCUGAGGAUACAGGUUAGAAGGAGUCUCUGGUUGUCCUAAAGGAUAAUGGGAAGGGAACUUCUCACAAUUUACUGUAUUAAAACUAGAGUUUUUUUUCUCUUUCAGGAUUCCUGGUUGUGUUUUAAUGGCAUUGUGUUUUUAUAUGAGAUGCUCUGUGCUAUAGGCUGAUGUUGGUGAGACAUAUAAACAUUUAUUUUAAGAGAAAAAGUGCCAAUAACUCCAACUUUUUGAAAAAUAUUGAUUGGUCUAAGAAAAUAUAUAUAACAUCCCAAGUUAGCAUAUGGUUUCUUAGAACUUUGACACUUUAUUUUUACCCUUAAUGUAUGUUUAAGACCAUUAACAAGCAGAGCGGACUGAUAAAGAAAUGCUAGCAGGUGAGUUUUAGUUUUGGAAGUUUGGUUGUUUAGAUAAAUAAGAAGUGUUUGUUGUUAUAUUUGAACAUAAUGGAUUUUAUAAAUCUUGCACUGAUUGUAAUUCUCCCCUUCUGGGCCAGUUUUUUGUUUGUUUGUUUUGUUUGUUUUUAUCAGCACUUUAGCUGAAAACCGCCUCUAUUCUAUAAAUAAUGUGACCUAAGUUGGUCUCUGCUUCCCUGUACUCUGUAGUAUACUUAGUAUAUGUAGCACAUCUCUUCUUUCUCAAUGUUCACAUCUCAUGAUGAACAAGACUUCUGAAGUGAUCUUGCAGCACUGGACAUCAACAUUGCUGAACUCCAGAAGAUGCUAACUAGUCAGUAUCAUUACCUUCUAUGGAAACAGCACAUUUUAACUCUUAGAAAGCCGGGUGUUGUGCUAUCACUGAUGCUUCAUACAAGUCAUCUGACUGGUGUCAUUGUGUUUAGUACUUGGGCAGGUUUUAGCAUUAAAGAGUGUUCUGCCAGUCCUAGAA